GUUGGUGACGCUAGUAUAUGAAGUUUUUUGCAGAAUUGAGUGGUAUGGGCAGGUUUCUCUCUGGUAUGGGUAUCACGAAAAAAACCGGGAUGAUUGAUCUCAGGUUUCUCUGAUUAAUAAUCAGGAAAAAUCAUAUUUUUUUUAAUUGGUUUGUUGUAAUAUUAUAACUACUGCGUUAUAGAUGCUUCUUUAAACGUCCAAUAGCCAGCUCUAAAUCGACUAAUUUAACUUAACCUAAAUUUGUUGAGCAAACACAUGUUUUUUCGAAAAUCCAAAAAUCGAAGUGGAAUCCGUUUCAAAGUUGUAAUAUUGUUCCUGUCAAAAUACCGUAUUUUUUUUUUUUUUUUUUUUGACGUAUUGCUUUUACAAGAAACGGAAUUUAAAUGGGCUACCCUCAACAAGACAAUUAUUCAAAUAUGAUUUGCCCAGAGCUUGUUUCCGACUACUUUAUCCCGGUAGUCAAGUGGUACCAGACGGAUAUUAGAGUCGUUAUUAGUAUUCAAUUACCCGACGUGACUGAUUACUAUCUCCGGAUCGAACGAUUGCCCGACAACGAUUGUUUACACUUUAGCACAGAGACGAAUGGCAAACAAUACUACCUUAUUCUGCACCUAUAUGGAGCAGUGGCAAUAAAGAGAACAAUGCACAAAAAUGUUGGGAGAGAGAUUAAGAUCUACCUUGCGAAGGCAUUCAAAUGGCUUUCUUGGUUGAGAUUGAUCAAGUCCAAAGAAAAAGAACAUUUUAUAUCAUAUGACCCAGAACAUAUACAGGACACUACACUAUUAAAUACUAAUGGGAAUUAUGAUAUAGGUAGAUUUGCAAGAUAUAAACGUGAGAAUAAUAUAAUAAAUAUAAUGCCUGUUGUGCCAUCCAGCGAUGAGGAAGAAUCUGAAGAUGAGCAAUUCAUUGACAGCAUUUUUAGUUAUGGUUAAGAUGCUUCUUAUAUAGCACUUGUACAUAGUUAAGUAAUACAAAUGUAUAAUUAUAUACAAGUUAUAAAAAGUCUUGUAUAUAACUAUGUAAUAAAAGUUAUAUACUUGUUUUAUACUUAUAUAUGAAAUACCAAA